GUCUCUUCGCUCUUCAGCGUCAGCGUGGAUAACACACGCCCCACUUGCACUUGCAACUAAAAUUCUUUUUAACUCUCACCGCAAAUUCUUUAAUCCAAUACAAAAAUAACUUAACCGUGGAAGCAAGCUGGUUGUGGGAAAGGAAUAAGGGAAAGGGAAAGCAUCUCAACUCAAAAGGAAAAAGGACUUGAAAGAUCAAGUGGUAGAGUGAUGGUGCACACGAAAGCAACCAUUUUUGCCACUUGAACAAUUCUGGUUCAACUUCUUAUUUUAAUAAUACAACAACAACAACAAUGCCCUCCAUUCCGUUAUUAAUUUAAUCAAAGUACAGCAUCAGCAAAGCAAAGCGGAUUAGCCGUUCCGUUUGUUCUUCUCCAAGGGUGGGCUUAAAAAAGUCUGCCUUCUUCUCAUUGAGAAUUUCAAGGCCCAAGGAAAAGGAUUUGUUUAUGCGUGGGAUGUGGGGACUGCUGCUGCCACUGACAGCCAAUGCAUCAAAGGCCGAAUCUUGGGGAGAUAAUACCUAUGACUAUGAGAGACAAGUACAGCUCUUAUCCUAGGGAGUUUUGAAGAUUGAACCGAUACACCCUGUAAUCUUUUCUUUGUUGCUGACGUUCUUCACCUGUUCCUGUUUCUUCAGACAGUUUUCUUUUUGAGGCUGCCGCUGUUUCAACUUCCAAGAGCGAAUAUAUAUAUAUUUAUAUCUCGGAAAAUAAACAAUUUGGUAUGGUCAAUGGUGAUGUAGUACUCGUUUGAGAUUUGGCCAUUUGGGGUGUCUUGAAGAAUAUCCGCAUAGUACGAAGACUACAUGGUGAGUUGCUGCCAUCUUUUGUUCUUCUUUUGCUCGGUUUUAAUGGCUAAAAAUGUUUUGGGCUAUAUUAGUCCUUAAACCAGAGCAGUUGAACGAGAAUCUUGAAUGAAGAAGUGCUGAAGCUUGAAGGAAUCUGCUUAUGUCAAUAAUUAUCAAGUGAAGACUGGAAUUGAUACUAGAAGUUAUUGUUAAGUUUGUAGUUGACAUAAAGAUCAUCCUCUAAAAUUAAGUGUCAUGGAAGAUUCCAUUCUGUCACCAGUAAUGCAGUUGGAUUACAUGGAUGAAUUGUUGUUAGAUGGAUGUUGGUUGGAGGCAAGCCCAACAGAGGGAUCUGAUUUCCUUGAUCCUAAUGCUUUCUUUGAUCCCACAUUUGAAUGGCCUAUUUUGGACUCUAAUGGUGGUGAUUUGGGUGGUAGCCUCUUUCAAGGAGAGAAUCAAAUAUCUUUCUUGCCUGGAAAUCCACAUAUGAAUGAAAAUCAUUCUCAAGGUGCUCAUUUGAGCCCUAACUUGGAUGAUGUCGAUGGCAUGAGUCGCAAUCUACAUGGUGAUUGUAUGACCAAUACUUCUGAGCUGAGUAGAAGAUGGUGGAUUGGACCCAGAACUAAUCCAGGUCCUUCAACCUCUGUAAUGCUGAGGUUAAUUGGGGCACUUAAUCAUAUAAAAGAUUCUGCAAAAGAAACAGAUGUCCUUGUACAACUAUGGCUACCUGUAAAUAAAGGAGGUAGGCGUAUUUUGACUACCAGUGAGCAACCCUUUUCACUUGAUCCCAACAGCCAAAGGCUUGCAAGUUAUAGGAACAUUUCUGUGAAAUAUCAGUUUCCAGCAGAGGAAGAUUCCAAGGACAUGGCAGGACUGCCUGGUCGUGUUUUCUUGAGUAAGGUCCCAGAGUGGACUCCUGAUGUCCGAUUCUUUAGAAGUGAUGAAUACCAUAGAGUUGACCAUGCUCAACAGCACGGUGUCCGUGGAACCUUUGCUCUUCCUGUAUUUGAACAAGGUAAUAGAACUUGCUUGGGUGUUAUUGAAGUUGUGAUGACAACCGAGAAAAUCAAGAUAAAGCCAGAGAUGGAGAGCGUUUGCAAAGCAUUAGAGGCUGUCAAUCUUAGGAGUUUUACAGCUUCCAGCACUGGAAACAUACAGGCAUGCAAUAGUUCCUACCAAGCUGCCCUACCUGAGAUCAAAGAAGUUCUAAAACGUGCUUGUGAGACGCACAGAUUACCUCUGGCUCAGACUUGGGUUCCUUGUAUGCAGCUAGGUAAAGAGGGUUGCCCGCAUUCCACUGAGAACUACUUUCAUUGUGUGUCUACCGUGGAUGAUGCUUGCUAUAUAGCUGAGCCCAAUAUCCGGGGUUUUCAUGAGGUUUGCUCUGAGCAUCACUUGUUAAAAGGUCAAGGUGUUGCUGGAAGAGCAUUCAUGACUAACCAGCCAUGUUUCUCAACUGACAUAACCUCCUUUAAGAAGACCGAAUAUCCUCUUGCACACCAUGCAAAGAUGUUUAAAUUGCAUGCCGCUGUUGCGAUACGUUUCCGAUGCAUUCACACUGGUAAAGCAGACUUUGUCUUGGAGUUCUUUUUACCUGCGGAUUGCCGAGAUCCUGAAGGAAAAAAGGAGAUGCUUAAUUCAUUAUCCAUCAUUUUACAGCAAGUAUGCUGUAGCUUACGAGUUGUAACAAAUGAGGAGCUAGAGGAAGAUAGAGAUAUGGCAGUUAGUGAAGUUAUAGCCUCUUUAGAUGGCAUACCUAGUAGAAAAGAGUUAUCAGAAGAUCAGUGCACGUAUCAUUCAGAAAAGUAUUCAAGAGAAAGUUCAUCUUGGACUGUCAGUCUCACUGAGGUUAAUCAGAGCAGUAGCACUAGCACUAGCACUGCCAUGAAACUCAGAAAAGGAAAACCAAGGGCGACAUGGGAUGAAAAAUUAUCCAAGGUGAAGCAGCACAAAAAACAGAUUAGCCUUAGAGGAAGUGUUGAAGGUGGAGACUCUACUAUAAAUGAGAUUAGCUUUUCGAGUGCGACUAAGAGAAAAACAGGACAGAAGAGACGUAGCAAGGCAGAAAAAACAAUCACAUUGCAAGUUCUCCGCCAAUAUUUUUCUGAAAGCCUAAAAGAUGCAGCAAAAAGCCUUGGUGUGUGCCCCACAACUUUGAAAAGAACCUGUAGGCAACAUGGAAUAAAACGCUGGCCAUCUCGAAAACUCCACAAAGUUGGAAACUCCUUAGAGAAACUCCAACACGUCAUUGAUUCAGUACAAGGUGUGUCCGGUGCUUUUCAUAUUAGCUCCUUGUACCCAAAAUUCCCAGAGCUGGCCUCGCCAAGACCAUCAGGAAAGAGUACAUCCUCAGCCUCAGUCUUGGGACUGAAUGAUAAGCCAAAGCAAAAGCCCAUACUGCCUGAGGGUGGUAAUUUUGUGUCCCAAGCUGCUACUUCAAAUUCACCCUCCUCCUCUUGUAGUCAGAGUUCCAGUUCAAGUCACAGCUGUUCCUCUGGAACGCAUCAACCUUCAAAGUUUAACAUAUCUGGUAAUGGAGGUGUUAUAAUAGGAGAGAACUCUGGGAAUGGUGAGCUGAAAAGGGUCACAAAUGACACAGAGUUGCAUACCUUAAGUCAAGAAGGACUAAAGCUCUUCCCAAGAUCACAGAGCCCUGCAUCUGUUAAGGAACAGCUUAUCUCUGAUAGUAUUCAACCCGUAAUUACAGAGAAUAAUAGUCAAAUUGCUCAGGAUUUGGAUGCUCAAACUCAAAAGGUAAAGGUCACGUACGGAGAUGAGAAGAUACGUUUCCGCAUGCAAAGUAAAUGGCGGCUUAAAGAUUUAUUGCUUGAAAUUACAAGAAGAUUCAAUAUAGAUGAUAUAAGUGGAUUUGAUCUCAAGUACUUAGAUGAUGAUUCUGAGUGGGUGUUAUUAACAUGUGAUGCUGAUUUGGAGGAGUGUAUUGAUGUAUGUAGAUGGUGUGAGGGAAACACAAUUAGACUCCUAUUGCAAGCUUCUCAUCAUCAUUUGGACCGGUCUUCAGUGCUGAAGGAAACGCUCGUUUCCGGCUUUCUUCACGUGGCACUUGCAGAAGAAGUACAAUAAAGGAAAUACUUGUGACAGGAUUCGGUUUGAUGACCAUGUUCUGCAUGGCCGAAGCCGGUUUUAAGUUUAAAAGUUUCAUCCAACCUUAAAGCUGCAUCUGUUCUUGUUGCUGGGGUUAGUCACACGUGUAAUCUCACCUUCUCUGGGUGAAAUUUAUUUUGCUGUAUAUACUAAGAAACUCUCAAGUUAGUGAAAGUGCUAGUAAACUAGUACAAUUCAGGAGCUUUUUUAACAUUGCCUAUACAAGUUUUACAUGCAUGCUACUGUUCCUGGGGUUUAAACAA